AUGUGGACUUCCCUGACGGUUGCAGUCGCUGCUGUGGCUUUCCUUCUAGGCAGUCAGUACUCCGGCAACCUGCUGUCAUUCUCUCUAUCUCUCCUGGACCGAGAAUCAGAUAUCGAGCGAUGGAGCUGCAGGCCGUUUCUGCCUACUAACCUCCACGCCGAAACACCUCCUUCCCCAGAUCAUCCCGCCAUCCGCGUGGCCACGAGGACCCUACACGAGUACUUUACUACCCGAUUCGCCAAAGGUGACAUCGACAGCCUCUCAGUCGCAGUUGUGACAUCCGAUGGAACCCUUUACGAGAACAAUUUCGGUGUCAUGAGGGGCAACGAGACGUCGACCUCUCCGCCGACAACCUCGCACUCGAUGUAUCGCAUCGCAUCGGUAUCGAAGUUGUUCACUGCGCUCGAAGGUUUGAUUCUGGAACAGAAGGGAAUCAUCUCAUGGGACGACCCAGUUGACAAAUACAUCGACAACUUCAAGUAUAGUCCUGAUGGUUUAGACCCAGACAAGCCCUUCAUUCCCCGUGAAGGCGCUCCUAUCACCUUACACCGGCUCGCGACGCACACAUCGGGGCUGGGCAGAGACUGGCCACCCGGGACCGUACACAGAUGGCCAGAGAGCCUGUUCGGAGGUGGACCUCCACCUACAAACGGCCACCCUUUCCCUUCGCACGACGCUCUCUAUGCCGCGAUUGAGCGACAUCGCCUCACAUCACCUCCUGCGGCCUAUCCUGCGUACUCCAAUACUGCCACCGGGCUCCUGGGCAUCGUCUUAGAGGCAGCGGCAGCGUCUCGGGGUUCCUCUCUCGCCAAUUAUGCGGAUCUUCUCCAGCGCGACGUCUUCGGGCCUAUGGGCAUGAACGGGAGUCACUUCCUCACUACUGAAGACAACAAGCACCUCAUCGUCGUCCCAUCUCUCGCUCCGGUAAUCGCGGACCAGGACUUCCUAGAUGCGAUGAACCCAGCUGGCGGCCAAUUCUCUUCACUCGCCGAUAUGAUUACCGUCACGCAGACGCUGCUGAACGCAAACCACCCGCGGAGCCAGAUCUCGCAAUACUCGCUGAACAAGUGGCUCCAGACUGUGCACGCAUUCGAGGAGGACGACUGGACAGAGAUCGGAUUCAUGUGGGAGAUCAUCAAGGCAAGGGACUCCAACGGCCGAUUGCGCAAGAUCUACUGGAAACUUGGCGCGAUGGCGGGCUAUCACGCCGCUGUAGCUAUUCAUCCCGGGACGGGAUAUGGUGUCGUAGUCCUGAUGGGCGGGCACUAUCACGACGCUGCAAAGUUCGCAUACGACACGUUUGAGAUCUUCCAGCCCGCCAUCGACAACGCGCUCGCUGAUCUCGCCGAGGAGCUGUACGCUGGUACCUGGCGUGACACUGACUCGCAUCUGGGGAGGAACGCGUCCUCCGCGCGCAUUGUCAUCGAGAAAGGGACGCUGUACGUCGAGGAAUACACGCUCCUUGGCGUGAACGCACUGAAACAGUUCGGUGCGCGGGGCCGUCUCGCAUUGCGCUCGAGCAUGCGCCGCGACGAAUUCCGGAUUGAUACAGGGAUUCCUGGAUACAACGGCAUGAAGCAUAUGGGAUGCUACCCAUAUUGGAACGGACAGGACCUCUGGGGUAUCAAGAACGACGCCGCCAUUAACGCGAUCUACUUCACUAGUUGGGGAGUGGACAGAAGAUUGCAUGUGCCUUCGCUUUCACUCGUCUUGAGGAGAUCGCAACGAGACUGA